AUGGCUUCUUUUUCAGUGGAAAAAUUCAUAGGAAAUGGAAUUUUAAAGGGGCUGCUUCAAAAGUUGUUGGAAGAAGGAUGGGAUGAUGUACCAACUCUGAAGAUUAUGAGUUCAGAGGAAAUGGAUUUGCUACACAUGACACAACAACAAAAGCGUCAAUUCAUCCGGAAUCGGUUUAAGAAGGACGCAAUUGGAAUCAGGUCCUACGUGCAUGAUCGUAGCUUGAUGCAAUAUGCAGAUAAGAUGGAGGACUGUGGAAAAAAUCUGUCAGAGCUUAUCAAUUUAAGCACCACAGAUCUUUCUACUCAGUUCGAAAUGAAGAGAGGCCACACUGCACGUUUUGUAAACAGAAGAAUAAGUGAUGAUUCUUUCAAAUUGCAUGCACUUGCUGCUAGAAGAAAAAGCAGCAUAAUGAUGCAUAGAGACGAUAGCAUUCCCAAAAGUUUUGGAUCUAAUAGCUCUAACAGCUAG